AUGUCUCCGAGACAGAGGUUCCAGGCGCAUGUUCGAACGUUGAGUACUGACAGUCUUUCGACAUCGGGAUCGCUGGCAUCACCUCAACGAUCCCCAGAGCUGCAGCAUGUUUCCAGUUUACGGGUCCAACCACGAGAUAGUCCCCCUGCGCAAUAUGUCUCCGGGCCACACACAAUCUACAGACUCGGCGACUCUAGCCUGAGUCCAACCAGGAGUUCCCAGUACGAGCCCCCUUUCAUUCGAGAGGAGCGGGAAGCAUGGAGCAGGGCAUCUCCAGGUCGUACGCUGAGAGGCAGAUCUCAAGACAUGUACAUUCUGCAACCACCAGAAGAGGACGACGCGGUAAUACAACCAAGCAAACGUACGCGACGACUGAAAUCACUCACCCCUUCGACGCAAGCUCUAGACGAUGAUGAGAAACCAACGACUAGUCGAGGGCAUAAUGGCAACCUGACCGACGAUUUGGACCAUAGACAACGGAAUUCCAGGUUCGCCGAGGGGAGUAUGAACGAGAGAUCUGCUGGUGUCUCCUCUGCUUGGGGUAAACAGGGCUCCAUCACCAGCGUUUCUGGUACCGAGUCGGACAAUGACUCCACUCCUCGAGCCUCGCCUCAGCGCUCCUCUGUCGAUUUGGAGGAGUUCAAGCCUGCAGCUGUGACUCCGGCCACGUUGAAGCAACGUCUCUACAAGCUCGGAACUGCCUUCAAGCCCCACGAGCACAGCACGAAGCAAAUAGAGGAAGAGGCACAGCCCGCGAAGAAGAAGAAAAAAGGCCUUCGAAAGAGCAUCUCUAUGUGGAACAUACACGGCAUUGGAGGAAAGAUGAAGACGUUUGGUGGAUCGUCAAACGACCUGACCCCGAACGCGGCAAUACAGGACCAUACUGCGGAUAUCCUCAACGACCGAAAGAGAAGAGCGGAAGAAGCAUAUGUUCAACAAUUCGGACCGAAAAAGAGAAAGUCGAACGCUGCUCAAAAUAUGCCCCUUGACGAUCUAGCACUGGAAAAAAAGACUCCUUCAGCAACAGAGAGCAGGCCAAUCUCUCGUCGUGAGAGCAAGACUCCGACCAGAACUCGACGUGUGAAUCGGUCUUCCACGGUGGAGGCCCCAGUCGACUUCGACGUUCUCAGCUCUCAUAGCGAUAUAGAUCACCACAAACGUCCAAGUCGCCGAGAAUUAGAGAAAGAAAACCAGCAACUCCGCGCCCUGUUGCGACAACAGCAUCAAGAACCUGUCUCGGACUCUACUCAUUCACAACCAAAGCCCACCUCCACGCAGUCACGGCAGCCACCUGAAUCUGAAUGUGUGUCCGAGACCACGCCAGGAAAAGCACUAGCAAACCAAGCACCCAAGAAAUCACAAGGAAGAAAUUUGCCUCCAGUGCCCCAAAUACCAGAACGAGUCGCCUUGCAGAAUUUAAGCAACGCGAGGAACCAGUCUCAAGUGAAAGCCAAAAGCGCCAACAGCAACACCAGCACCAAUACCAACUCUAACAAUAACGGCUCCAACGGCUCUGAUGCACCGAAGGAGCUGACUGCGAUGAGCAUGGCCACCAUAGGCCUUCCGCGACCGGUCUCCAUCAUCCUUGAGGUAGAUGAAGAGGGCGAGAACAAGAGUCCAAGUCCUCAGUGCGUGAAACGGCUGGAACCCAGCGAGGUCGAGAAGCGAAAGUUGCAAGAGCAGAUGGCUAUGCAGAUCAAAGGAUUCAAGCGGGAACAAUGGGAGUGGCCGGAAGAUGUGUUUUGA